UUUUGUAGCAGGCGCUGGACACAUUCAAAGCCCGCCAUUGGUGGGGUCACGUGACGUACCUAAAUUUUGUGCGAAAGACAGGGAGUGUUGGGUUAAACCUCCGUUUGUUUAUAGUUAAUUUUUUCUGUGAACAUCACGAUUUGGCCAUCGGAGAGUCGCCAAAAUGGAUCACCGAAAACUGAUAGACAUUUUAAGAGCUACUAUUGAUCCGAAUCAACGUCAACAUGCCGAAGAACAGCUGGAUCAGAUUCACAAGAUUAUUGGGUUUUCGCCUUCGUUAUUGCAAGUUAUCAUGAUGAAUGAUGUUGACAUGCCUGUUCGUCAGGCAGGAGUUGUCUAUUUGAAAAAUCUGGUUACUGGUAACUGGGCUGACAAAGAAGUUGAGCCAGGACAUCCCCUUACAUUCAGUCUUCAUGAGCAGGACCGAGCCAUGAUCAGAGAUGCCAUUGUAGAUGCUGUUGUGAUGGCACCAGAUAUAAUCAGGAUCCAGCUGUCAAUCUGUGUCAGUCACAUAGUGAAACAUGACUUCCCUGGCCGAUGGACUGAAAUUGUAGACAAGAUCAAUAUUUACCUUCAAAAUCCAGAUGGAAGUGGUUGGCCUGGGGCCCUCCUGUGCUUGUACCAACUUGUGAAGAACUUCGAAUACAAAAAGCCUGAAGAGAGAGGGCCCUUGAAUGAGGCCAUGCAGCUGCUUUUCCCAAUGAUGUACUCAUUAUGUAUGAGACUUCUUCCAGACCAAUCAGAACAGUCAGUUCUUCUGCAGAAGCAAAUUCUUAAAAUAUUUUUUGCCUUAACCCAGUACUCCCUCCCUCUCGAUUUAAUCUCUCGAGAAGUCUUUUCACAAUGGAUGGAAAUUGUUCGUCAAGUUACUGAUAGACCUGUGCCAGAGGCCACAAACCAAGUUGAUGAGGAGGAUAGAGUUGACUUGCCCUGGUGGAAGUGUAAGAAGUGGGCUCUACACAUUCUGUACCGCAUGUUUGAGAGGUAUGGCAGUCCUGGUAAUGUAACAAAAGAAUACAAAGAAUUUGCUGAUUGGUUCCUCAAGACAUUUUCUGCUGGUAUUCUUGAGGUACUACUGAAAAUUCUUGACCAGUACAGAAACAAGGUCUAUGUGUCUCCACGUGUCUUGCAGCAAACUCUAAACUAUAUCAACCAAGGGGUCAGCCAUGCUCAUGCAUGGAAGUUCUUGAAGCCGCAUAUGUUCCUUAUUAUCCAGGAUGUCCUUUUCCCCAUUAUGUCACAUUCUGCUUCUGAUCAAGAGUUGUGGGAAACCGAUCCGUAUGAAUACAUUAGAGUGAAGUUUGAUAUAUUUGAAGACUUUGUUUCACCAGUCACAGCUGCCCAAACCCUUCUUCAUUCUUGUUGUAAAAAGCGAAAAGACAUGCUUCAGAAAACUAUGGAGUUCAUUAUGCAAGUCUUGAAUGCUCAAAAUGCUGACCCAAGGCAAAAGGAUGGUGCACUUCAUAUGGUUGGCACUAUGGCUGAUAUUUUACUGAAGAAGAACUUUUUCAAAGAACAAAUGGACGCCCUCAUACAUCAAUAUGUGUUCCGUGAAUUCCAAAGUCCACAUGGUCAUCUUAGAGCUAGGGCUUGCUGGGUACUGCACUACUUCAGUGAGGUCAAGUUCAAGCAGGAGGAGGUUCUGGCUGAAGCUCUUCGGUUAGUUGUCAAUGCACUGUUGACAGACCAAGACUUACCAGUGAAGGUUGAGGCAGCCAUUGCUCUUCAAAUGUUCCUUAGUGCUCAAGACAAAGCCCAAAAAUAUAUUGAGCCAGAGAUUAAACGAAUUGCUCUGGAGCUUCUUAACAUCAUCAGAGAAACAGAAAAUGAUGAUUUAACGAGUGUGAUGCAAAAGAUUGUGUGCACUUACACCGAACAACUCACUCCAAUUGCUGUGGAAAUGUGUACUCACUUGGCUGCAACCUUCAGCCAAGUUCUGGAGUCCGAUGAAGGGUCUGAUGAGAAAGCUAUCACAGCUAUGGGUCUUCUGAACACCAUUGAGACCUUGUUGUCGGUAAUGGAAGAGCAACCUGGAAUAAUUGCUCAGCUGCAGCCAAUCGUGCUGCAAGUUGUUGGGCACAUUUUCUCGCAGUCAGUCAUGGAAUUCUAUGAAGAAGCUCUAUCAUUGGUUUAUGAUCUUACCAGUAAACAAAUAUCUCCUGACAUGUGGAAGGUUUUGGAACUCAUUUACCAGGUGUUCCAGAAGGAUGGCUUUGAUUACUUCACUGAAAUGAUGCCAGCUCUGCACAAUUAUGUGACUGUGGAUACCCCAGCUUUCCUUUCCAAUGAGAACCAUGUCUUGGCUAUGUUUAAUAUGUGCAAAGCAAUUUUGACUCGAAAUUCAGAUCCUACCAUAAAAGAGGCUGUUGUUGAGGUUUUGACUGGUGAUUCUGGAGAAGAUCCAGAGUGUCAUGCUGCUAAGCUAUUAGAAGUUAUCAUACUGCAGUGCAAGGGCCACAUUGACCAGUGUAUUCCGUCAUUUGUUGAAUUGGUUCUUGGCCGCCUUGUUCGUGAAGUAAAAACAUCAGAGCUGCGCACUAUGUGCCUUCAAGUUGUUAUUGCUGCUCUCUAUUAUAACCCUGAGCUUUUGUUCCAAACAAUGGAGAAACUUCAGAUGCAAAUGUCUCCUACUGAAUCAAUCACUGCUCAUUUUGUGAAGCAGUGGAUCCAUGACACAGACUGCUUCUUAGGGCUUCAUGACCGAAAGUUAUGUGUACUUGGACUCUGUACUUUACUUAGCAUGGGUCAAAAUCGUCCCCCUGUUUUGAAUGAAUGUAUAAAUCAGAUAAUGCCAUCCAUGAUUCUUCUGUUUGAUGGACUGAAGCGUGCCUAUGCAGCCAAAGCACAAGAAGGUGAAGAAGAGGAAGAUGAUGAAGAGGAAUCAGAUAUUGAAGCUGAGGUCUUAUCAAGUGAUGAAGACGAAAUUGAUGAAGUUGGGAAUGAAUAUCUUGAAAAGCUACAGGAAAGAGUUAACAAGAAAGCAAACAACAAUGCCUUUUCUGUGAAUGCCACCCUGCAGGAUGCUGACUCUGAAGAUGAUGAUGACGAUGAGGAUUACGAAGCUAAUGAAGAGACAGCCUUAGAGAGUUAUAAUACUCCUCUGGAUGAGGAUAACUGCCCCAUCGAUGAAUAUAUUGUUUUCAAAGAUAUUAUGCUAAAUCUUCAAGUUGCUGAUCCAGCUUGGUACCAAGCUCUCACUGGCCAGUUGACUGAAGAACAGCAGAAGGGCCUGCAGGAAGUGUUCUUAUUAGCAGAACAGCGCAAAGCUGCAGCCGAAAGCAAAAGAAUAGAACAAAGUGGUGGUUAUGUCUUUAACCAACAAACGGUGCCUUCAUCUUUCAAUUUCGGAGGAAGCCCUCUUGGACAAUGAAAUUAUAUUCUGUGAUAGCAGACUGAUACGAUAAAUUAGGCAAAAUGGUCCCAGUGUCUAAUGUUACAUGAACAGAAUGACAUCACGUGUUGCCAAUUUGUUUCCUUAGAAAUUUUUUAUAGUCAUUUUACAUGUAAAUGAGCUCUUUAGAAAGGGAACUGAGUCUUAUGAUUUGUUUGGGCAUUAGAUUUUGUGUCCUGUUCUAUGUGUUGGUCUUCUUUUUUAAUGAUUGAAACACCCCUGUAAUUUAUUAUUUACACUCCAUCAUGUGAAAAUUAUGUAUUUAUUUAAAUACAAGUUGUUGGUUCUUGAUUG